CCCCCGUUAUCUUCUUGCUUCGGCGACUCUUCUUCACAGCUCCUGAUUUGCUUCGAGCUCCAUAACAAUGGCGUUAUCGAUCUCUAAUCUCACUUCAUCUCUCUCUUCUCUCUCGUUCUCCUCGAACGUUUCUCAGAUACCGAACUGCCUAUCUUUCUCCCGACAGAAUUCGGUGUCCCUUUCUCCGGCGACGUCCCGCCGCCGCGCUACGCUCACGAUCACCGCCACGGUGGCUACUUCUCCGGCGGAGGCAGAGACGGAGAACUUGAAGAAGUACGUAAAAUCGAGGCUUCCCGGCGGAUUCGCCGCUCAGAAGGUCAUCGGAACUGGUCGGCGUAAGUGCGCCAUUGCUCGUGUUGUGCUUCAGGAGGGUACCGGAAAGGUCAUCAUCAACUACCGUGACGCUAAGGAGUAUCUCCAGGGAAAUCCGCUGUGGCUUCAGUACGUAAGAGUGCCGCUAGUGACAUUAGGGUAUGAGAACAGCUACGACGUGUUUGUAAAAGCACAUGGAGGAGGACUCUCGGGUCAAGCUCAGGCAAUCUCCCUCGGGGUUGCACGUGCGUUGCUGAAAGUGAGCCUUGACCACAGGUCGCCUCUUAAGAAAGAAGGCCUUCUUACCCGAGACUCAAGAGUCGUCGAAAGAAAGAAGGUCGGUCUCAAGAAGGCGCGUAAGGCUCCUCAGUACUCGAAACGUUGAGCUCUCGGUACGAUCUUUCGGAAUGCCUUUGUUAGUUUUCAUUCUUUCCUUUGUGAUGCAAGUGUACGUCUUUUCAUGUAAAACCACCCCCGUUUAUGUUUCGUUUGGAUAGAGUCGGAGACCUAAGCAUGUGAAUUGUAUCCACUCGUCGAUUUUUAAUGUAUCCGAAAUUAUGGCGAAGAAUUGCUUAGCUAUUC